UGCCCUCAGGCCGGGGCUGGGCCUGCGCCUGCCUCCGCUUCCGUGAACCCCGUCCCUUCGGUCACUGCGUGGCACAGCUGGGCUUGGGGGUCUUCCCGCCGCCGUCCCUUCUCCGGGACCCGCACACAGUGCUCCGUCCUUUGGGGCAGGGGCCCCCUGGGCUGCUGGUGCCCUGAGGAGAGAAGGCGGCAGCUCCUGGAAGCAGACAGACCCCCUCAGGCUUCCCUUGCUCAGCUCUUGAUGCCGGUGUCUCUCGGUAGCAAACGCCAGGCUCCUGCACCGCGGGCUUUACACACCCCUCGUUUCAGAGUUGAGCUCUUUGGCCCUGGUGAUGGCACUGGCCAGCGGCAGCCGGGUGGCACCGACACCCACAGACGGCUGCGGGGGUUGGCGGUUCCCUGCGCUCACGCAGCAGUUUGCUGAUCCGAGCACAGUGGGGGGCACUGAUGGGGCGCGUUGUGUGCUCAUCUCACAGUCACCACGAAUGUCUCAAACCAGUGCUUGUCUGUUGUCCGAAGGCCGCGCACCAGAGUCCAGUGGCAAAAAGAGAGGGGUGCUGGUUUACAGAAGAGCCUGGCUAUCGGGCAGGAUGGAGAAGUCCAGGGGCAGCUUAAGAUGGCGAUCUCCUCAGAGCCAUCCAGUUGGACGGACCGUUGCUCCCCGGCAUGCAGGCAGUUGGUGUCGGAUUGGGAGUGGCCAGAUUCCCUAUCGGGUUACAUAUACCUGGAAUCGAGGGGGCAGGUUAAAAGAACUUCGAAUCAGACACCUGGCCAGAAAGUUCCUCUACUUGUGGGUGAAAAAGACAUUUGGACAAGUUCUUCCUUCCAAAGCCAGAUGCCAUUAUGACCAGAAGAUUCUGCAAAAAACUUUCAGAGAGUGGAAGGAGGAAUGGUGGAUUGUUUGCAGAGAGUGGAAGCUCAGCAUCAGAGCUGACUGCCAUCACAGAUAUUUCUUAUACAAUCUAGUGUUUAAGACCUGGAAGGUUUAUGUAUGCCAGCAGCGAGAGAAGAAGAGCAAGUAUCAUGUUGCAGAGUCUCAUGCAGAGAAGCAGAAGUUACGCUGGACAUGGCGGUGUUGGCUGAUCUACGUUGAUGUUCGCAGGACCAAGCAUAGCAUGCAAUCUAAGGCCCUGGCAUUCAGUGAAAGGAGCACUCUGCGCGUGCCAUGGAGAAUGUGGACAAGGCGACUGCUUCAGAAUUGUGCCAGCCGUGAGAUGGAUGCCCUGGCUUUGCAACACUGGGCCCUGAGUCUUCAGUUUCGGGCCUGGCUGCAGUGGAAAGACUUGUAUUUACACAGCCAGAAUGUCAAGUGGAAGGAGGCCUGGGCAAUGAAUCAUCAUCGGCACUGUGAGUUGAAGAGGUGCAUGAAGGCCUGGCAGGGAUACCUGCAGCUCCGAAGACUUAAAAGGCAUCAGGACAAGCUGGCCCAGAAACACCACCAGGGCCAUGUGCUCCAGCAAUGUUUCUCAAGCUGGCAGCUGGCCUGGGAGCACAGGAGAAGCCUGAGAGUCCAUCAGGAGUACUUUGGUGAGCUAGCAGUAAGGAGUGCCUUACGGAGGGUCUUCACACACUGGAAGCAUUAUGUGGUACUGCGCAGAGAAGAAAACUGGCAGCAUGAGCUGGCCAAGAAGCAUCACAAGCAUCAUCUGUUGCAAUUUGGAUUUGAUGCCCUCCAGAAAAGUGUUGUGAAUGCUCGUCUCCAACAAAUGAGAAAAAAUGUGGCUCAUCGGCAACAUCAAGUUGUGCUGCUGCAGAGCUUCUGGAAUUGCUGGAAAUCUCGGCUAGAACAGGAAGAGGAAAAGCAGCUAUGGUCUCUGACCCUUGCAGCUCACAGGCAUUACAGAAUAAUUUUGCUACGCAAAUCUCUCAGGCUAUGGCUAGAGAAUGCCAGGUGGAGAAGACACAGGCAGAUCCAGCGUGCUAAAGCUGAUAACCACUAUGGGAAGAUGAUCUUGCCUGUCACCUUGCAGGUUUGGAAACAAUUUAAGAAUCAUCAACAAAAGUGGAGAGAGAUGAAGGAAACAGCAUUGUGCUUUCACAGGGAGGUCUGGACUAGACGGACAUUUGACAUGUGGUGGCUAAGGACACAUCAGCAGCAAGAGGAUCGAACAGCAGAGAGAACGGCUGUUCUUCACUUUGAGUGGCAGCUGUUGGUUCGUUUCUGGUGUUCCUGGCGCAGGAGAACAGAAGCAUGCUUAGAGGAGCAAGAGGGCCUGGCUCAGGCUCAUGAUCAUUACUGCCAUCUGCUCCUACUAAAGACUUUUAAUCUCUGGAAGAAGAAGGUUCAGGCGAUCAGAAUAGAGAGAAUCAAGGAGGUGAAAGCCUUAAGAUUCCAUUAUUCAAAAUGUCUGCGGUGGUCUUGGAUCCAGUGGAGAGAGUAUAUGGAGCAUAAGGGUGAGAAAUGGAGGAAGCUGAUGCGAGCAGACAUGCAUUAUCAGCACUCACUGCUGCACAGGGUCUUGAGAGCCUGGAAGAGUUACCAGUGUAACAUACGGCACAUUCUACACCAGAUUGCUGAAAAGACAGAGGACCAGAACAGAGAGCUCUUGCGGUGGGUGUUAAGUAUCUGGAGAGGAAAUACUGUUGUCAUUAUGGGUGAAGCUAAGGCAGCUGUUCAGGCAGAACAGCACUACAGAAGAAAAACUCUCGCAAAGGUGUUGCUGGAGUGGAGGGACAUCACCUCCCUGCAAGUGUACUGCCGUCAGCAGGAUGCAGCAGCUAUGAGGGAAGCCAGGAAGCAUUUGGAUGCAGUGCAUCUACAGGCCCUGUUUCUUCGCUGGAAGGAACUUGCCAAGAGGUCCAUGGUGUUGAGAACCCAGCUGGACACUGCGGCUGAACACCAUCAGAGGUCCUUGCUCAGAAACUGCCUCACUAAGUGGAAGCAGUAUCAUCUGCAGUGCAUUGGGAAGAUGCUUCUGCAGAGACAAGGAGACCAGAUGAUGGCUCAAAGACUCUACUCCAUUUGUUUCUCCUGCUGGAAGAGACAGCUGGUGCAGAAACAAUGGGAGAAGCAGCAGACGGUGCGGGUGCUGUGGCACUGGUCACUCUCCCUGCAGGCAAAGGUGUUUGAUGCCUGGCUGGGGUUUGUCCAGGAGCGGCAGAGGAAGAAAGGCCGCAUUGAAAGUGCUGUGGGAGUUUACCGUGCCACUCUGCUGAAAGAAGGUGUGACACGGGUCCUGAGAUAUGUGGCUGGCAUGAAACAGUUCCGGGGACAGCUUCAAGCCCAGCACCAGCUAAAGGCAGCCUACAGCCUCCACCAGUCAGUGUAUCGUUGUGCCAUGCUCUGGAAACAGAAGGCUCUCUGCAAGAGCCUAGACCAACCUCGCUCCCUUCUGCCUCCUCCAAAGAAGCGGGUGACAUUUAAGGUGCCUGCAUCUGACGGUGGCUCCUGGGAAAGAGGAAACUCAGUAGAGAGUCUGUGUCGCAUGAAGAGUGACGAUCUUCCAUUCCUCCUUGCUGCUGGGGACUCCGUUCUUAGUGAGCUAAAUGCUGUCCGCCAAGCAAGGUUACAGCCACGUUGCCCUGACUUCCUGCUGGGAUCUCUGGAGAGAGAGAAACUCUUAAGAACACCUUUCCCUAGAAUGGAGGGAGCAGAAAUGCCUUUGCAACAAGCAGCUGUGAACAAACAUUUUGCUCCAGCCAAGAACUUGCUGCCAUCGACUCAAGCAGACCGAAGCAGCUAUAAUUUGUCACUUCACAUGGACAGCAAUACAAACACCAUCUGCCCCCUUCGUGCAUCUGCCCCAUUGCCCUGUAUACCAUCUUGGACACCUGUCAUGCAGCAUUCUGUUCAGACAAAUCCAAAGCUUGAGCUAUUGCCUCCCUCAUCUUUCAUGCCAUGUGUGAGACAUGGAUCAGAACUGAUUAGAGGCAAAUCCCUGAAUGGUCACCCAGAAGCCACUCCCCAUGACACACAGGCCACUGCAGGAGAAGAGAUGGUGCAGCUCAACCCACAGGCACAUCUACUGUUGCCUGAAGGCUUUACGGGAAGAGAGAGAAGCCCCAAACCUGCAGGUAAACAUGAACAAAGGCAAGGCAGUUCAACCAAGCGAGUAGAGCUGGAAGCAGAACUCCAACACAUCCGUCUGGAAAUGCAGCAUUACUGCGACAGCAAGCGGGAGCUCAAGUCAUGUCAGCGGCAAGCACAGAUUCUCCGUAAGUGGCUAGAUACGAGUACAGGUGGCACAGGGCCGGAGGAGCAUGAGGCUGUCCAGCAUGUUCAAGAAGAGUUGGAGCAGUUGGUGCUAAGGAUCAACUCUCUGGCAAAAGUGCUCUUGGAGGGGAGAGACAGAGUACAGAGUUAUGUCAUGCGUCUACAGGACAUUCGUGCUGCUCUGGCCAUGUAAUGAAUCCAAAACUUCUGAAGAGUGGUUCAUGUUCCCUACCCAGGGGGAGUUUAGACUUUCCUUCAGCACAGCUGAACUGCAAGGAGACGGAACAAGAAGAAGGUAUAGACUCCCAAGAAGCGUUUUUGUCAGAAGACCCCCCUAAAGUAGCAGCAGAUUGAGUAAAACAUCCAGUGCCCCCGUGGCACGUGUGCCCUCGAAGCUCAAGCCAGCGUGAAACACGUUCAGACAGGAGUUUGAGUUAAUUCCCUCACUUGGCCUAGUUACUUACAGGCAUUUGACUUCCUGGACUCCAAGUAGAAUUUAUUUUAGAAUAGAUGAUAACAUUGCUUUAAAAGUGAGUAUCUCUCCACUCUUUUGGCACCAGUUGCUGUCAAUCCCAUUACUGGUAACAAGAAGCUUAACACACCAAGUAUUAGUGUCAUGUUUCACAGACUGGCUGAAAUGUUAAUAUCUCCAUUCUAAUCCUCCUUGGUAUGAAUUUACAAAAACACUUAAGUUUGCAACAGAAUGAAGCUUCAGAACAGAGCUCUCAGCCCCAGCAUCUCUCUACCAGGUCUGAGGGCAAAAAGUACAAGUUUGGCUUCUUCUACUGUGAUAAAUAGUUGCAAGUUCUUUGCUGGAUGGAAAAGUAGGUUAGUGCACCAGGGGAGCAACCUGAGAUUGCUCUGAAAAUUCACAAUGGUUUUGAAUAUAGUCAGUGCAUGUGGUAUUUCAAUCCAUGCACUAACAGUAGGCCCUGAAGUAUUUCAAAGUGUUUAAUAAAUGAAGAAAUCCCUCCACCCAGAACUUAGUGACAGAUCCCACAGUUUAUGACAACAAAAAAAGCAACAUCCCAUGAAUAGCAGAAGGGGAACACACACUUUGGCUGCUUUCCUAAUGUAAAGCACAAGGGGGCUCUGAUGGAAACACCCCAAGCACUGAAAAGGCAAUAUACCCCUUAAGUGUUAUUUUUCCUGUCACAAUCUUCUCCUGCAACAGCUUGUCAUUGGAUGAGUGUAACUGUCAGCCACAUGAACAAAAAUCCUUAAGGCCUGGAAUAACUAAGUAAAACCACAGAGGUGGAGAAUAGAGUGGCUGGGGCUGACUGCCACAAGUUUUAAAAAAAUCCUUAAAAAAGAUGAUUAUGAUAAUCAGUUUGACCACGUGGAAUGUAGACACAGUGUUUUCAGGUUAAAAAUACAGUGCAAAGUCCAAUUUAAAGGGACAGUGUCAGGUUAUGAACUUUUGAAUGCUUUAUAUCUGUCGCUAAUACAUUGAAUUGUUAUGACUGAAUGAGUCUAAGUUGCUUUCACCAAUACUGAUGUUGUUUUCUUGUGCACUUCUCCUAGUCUGGCCAAUGAAACUAUACUAGCCAGUUUAGACUUUAUGGCUGUCCUGUAUUAACACGAUGCUGAAUGAUGGUUCUGAAAAAUAAAUGUGGGAAGACAUA